AUGUUUCAACUCGUAAUACAGAUUUUAGCAUGCAUGUUCAUGACAAGGUACACCAUGGGACCUGGAUGCGAAAGAUUUUAUAAAGGUUGUUGCCAAGGAUUCUUUUGGAACUCAAAAACACAAAAGUGUGAACGAUGCAUGCCAGGCUAUACUGGGGUGAACUGUUCAUCAUCGUGCCCAUAUCCUUAUUACGGAGUGGACUGUCAAAGAUCAUGUAAAUGUAGUAGAAACAUGUGUGAUGUGUCUACAGGAUGCAAUAGUCUAACCACAGUUCAAACAGAAUGCAUUUCUGGAUACAUUGGUGAAAAAUGUCGAGGUAAAUGCGCCUAUCCUUACUACGGUGUGGAUUGUCAAGGCCAAUGUGACUGUGACGAAAAAAGAUGUGACUUUUCUACCGGAUGUACAGAUUUGAUAAAAGGUAUUGCAUAA